AGCUCGCGCUUUCCCCGCACCAAAAGGGGCACGCCCGUCGGUCACGCUGCGAGAAUUCCAUCCAGGCAGCCAAAGCCAAUACGGCAAAAUCGACCGGCGGCAGCCACGGAUUCCCGCACCGCGCCACGCGCAGCGCAGCCGGCCGAUCGCGCUCCAGCUGCCGUCGCCGGCUGGGCAAGGCAAGCAGAGCAGCCGCCGCCGCCCACCCCCAACCACCAACGCUGCACGCGGUUCCCACCUCCUCCAACCCUAGAACGCCCCGCCGCCGAAUCGGAACUGCAAUUCACCGAGCCCGAACCAAUCGAACCCUUCCUCUCCUCGCCAGUUCGUCGAGCGGCGACCGGCAUGGAUCCGCACCCGCCCUUCGAACACCUGCACCACCGCCGCGCCCACCCCGGCCACCACUGCCCGGAUCAGCACCGCCACCACUACCCCGACCAGCACCGCCACCACUUGGCCGGCGGUGUCGGCGGCGGCGCUGCCCUCACGCGGUCCAGGUACGACAUGGGCUCCCACCCGAUCCAGUACCUCCCUUCCGACCACCAGCACCAGCAUCACCACCACCUCCCGCGCGUCCAGCCCCCGCCGCUGCCCCCGCCACCUUCCCCACCGCACCACCGCCACGACGGCCCCCAGUACACCGCCCUCCCGCUCCGCGCCCCACCGGAAAUCUACUCCCCGCCGCCAUACCACAAUCCCCCUCUCCACGACCUAUACCACCAGCAGCGUCACGGCGGCGACGACUUCCGCGCCGCCGACGAGAUCCGCCGCGUCCCCAGCCACCACUACCAUCCGCCGCUGCAGCAGCACCAUCAGCAGCUACCACAGCUCCCGUGGGAGGAGGCUGAGGAGGAUAGGCGCCGCUACGCCGCCCUCCAGCACCGGUUAUCACCGCCUGAAUUGCGGAAGAGGCACCGCUGCGCCAUGCAUGACACUGGUGACCUUGAGAGCACCUCCAGCUCUGAUCCACCUCCCCGCCGCCAGAGGCAGCAUCUUCACACCAGCUACACUCCGGAUGACAGUUUUGUAGGUAGGACAGCCACCAAUCCGGGUUACAGCAGGCAUGAGGGCUUCAUGAUGCACAGCGACAGUAAGGGUAACAGGAAGAUACCGACGUCCGCAUCGACUAUGCUGCCUGGCUCACCUCACUCCAUGGAUAGUGGGUAUCUGAGGCGCCCCCCGCAAAAGAGCGCCCCGGCGAGAGUGUCUGUGUGGCAGCGGAUAGAGGAGAACCCCUCAGCAUAUGCACCGUCUUCACCACGACAGCCGCCAAAGGAGGUGCAUAUUUCACCAAGCAAGACAAAGAACACUGGGUCUGCAAAGGAAUUGACCAGUGUGGUUUCUCUGGAUUGCAAGGCGAAGAAUGCUGAUUGUAAGGAUAGUAGUGAUAGUGCAGGAAUGAAGAAGAGUACUGGAAAGAAAAAUGAGAAGGUGUUGGCCUCGGUGCUUGUGAAGCCUUCUCCAGAGUCCAAGGAAAAAGAAAGGGCUAUCAAAAAGGUUACCGGGAAGCCUGUUAUGGUUCAGAAUAAUGUAGCAGGUUCCACUAGUGGAAGUGUGUUUUCGACUGCUUGUCCUGGGACUGGUGUGAAGAAAGUGAAAAAAAUAGUCAUCAAGAAGAUUGUUAGGAAGAUCAAUGGCAAAGAUAAACAAACGGGUACUUCAAUUGUUUUAGACAAGAAGGAUAGUAUUGUUGCUAAUGCAAAUGUUUGUGAGAAAGAAGAAGGUGAGAUCACAGAAAAGGAUGUUAUUUCUGCACACAAUUUGGUCAGCACUAGUGAUACAGCUGGAGUUGGUAGUAGUGUGGAGGUCGAUAAGGAACAAAAUGACGACUUGAUGAAUCUGAGCAAAAGCAGUGCUACUUCAGCUAUUGAAUGCACAGAUAUUCUUGAUACAACAAGUGUUAGCGGGAGUCAACAUCCUGAAAAAGAGGAUAAAAGCUUCAUGAGUUCAGGUGACAGUAAUGCUGCUUCAGUCAUUGACUCUACUAAAGUACUUGAUACAACUGGGAGUGAGCAUCCCGGGAAAGAAGAGGAUAGGGGUUCCAUGGAUUUAGGUGGUAAAAAUGCUGCUCUUGUGUCUGAGAAUGGCAAUUCUCAUAAGGAAGAGGGCAUGUCUGUUUCGGGUGCAGUGAACAUUGUAGUUGCAAGUAAUUCCCCAAGAAUGCCCGAUGCAGUGAAAUUGCAUAAGUGUGAUGUUUCCAUCAUGGAAAAUAGUGCUGUCUGCGGGGAUGGAAUUAAGGAUGAUAGGAGACGAGUUUGUAGAAGUGAGAAUGGCAGGAAGGAAGAUAGUAAUAUAUUGAUUGGUUCAAAUGAAGAAGGUGAUCUCGCUGUAAACAAUUCCUUUAGAAGUCCUAGUACAGCUGAAGUUAGCAUGCCUGCGUGCAAGGAUGUUCACAGAAAAGAGAGUAUUAUUUUGAUGGGUUCAAAUGAAAUGUGUGUUGCUUCUUUAGCCGACUUUGUGGAAGCUCCCAAGAUAGCUGAACCCAGUGCAACUCAGGGUGCCUGUAAGGAAGAAGGUAAUACGCUGAACAAUACAAGGGACAUGGAUAUAGUAUCUGUUAGCUCUUGGGGAUCCCUUAAUACUAUGGAAAAUAGUGUCCAUGAAGACAUCCAGGAUAAAGAGGGCAGAAUCCCCAUGGAACUAAGUAAGCCUAAUGCUUCUGGGACACACCAUGUGAAUGCUCCCAAUAGAUUGGAAGUUAGUGUCAAUGAAGAUAUCCAGGAGAAAGAGUGCAGAACACCCAUGGAAUCCCACGAAGCUGCUACAUCUGUGACACACCAUGAGAAGGCUCCUAAUACACUGGAAGUGAAUAUUCAGAACAAAGAGAGGCAGAUGCCCAUUGAUUCAAGUGCUUCUAAAACAAUACAGCAUGUAGAAGCUCCUAAUACAGCUGAAGUUUUUAUCAAUAUGUUUGUUGGGAGUGACGUGGGUAAGAGCCCCAUGGAGUCAAAUGAAACACAUGUUGGCCCUUUAGAUAAUUCUGUGCAUACUCCAGAAUCUGUUGUAGCUGGUGGAACUGAUGAUAGUUGCACGCAAGAGCUUCUCCAUGAUGAGAAAACCGCUUUAGAUAAGACAGACUUGCACCUGGAAGUUGCAGAUAUGGAAUUCACGGAUCUGCCAUUAUCCAGAAAUGUAGACAGCAGAAUUGUGCCGCUGGAUGGUGAUCCUAUGGAGGAUUCAUCUGGUGCUGUUGUUUUGAAUAAUGAUGUUCGAAAGAUCAGUGUAUCUCAAGCAGCAGAACUGAUGCAUCUUCAUAGAGCCCAUCUAUCUCCUGAUAAUUUAUCCUUGUUACAUUCUCAUGAUUCUCCAUAUGUAUCUGGUAAUAGUGAGCACUCUGUUCCUACAGCUUUGACCCUUGGUAAUAAUAUCUAUUUCAGUAGUGCAGAGAGUGAGGGACAGCCUGAGGAAAACCAUAAGCUAAUAGAAGGAAACCAAGGAUUGGAUGUUGUGUCAGUGACGGAUUUCGGUAAUAUCAACAAAAGAAAAGGUGAAUCUGGCAAUGAUUUGAUCAAUGCAGGUGUUCGGAACUGGUUGACUUUACCACUGGCAGUCAACUAUGUGAAUAAUGAUGCUACUAUUAGUAUGGAUAGGUUUGGUUUGGACCAGAUUGUGGAUGAAUGUACUUCCGUUAGUCAGGCUCAUGAUAAUAUUCCAGAUAUGGACCAUCGUGGGAGUAUUGGUGCUUUCCUUGGUCAGGAUCAGAGCCUUAAGCUAUGUGGUAGUAAUAUGCCUCAAUCCAACUUGUUGGCACCCGAAGGGGUUGGUAAUGAGAGUGAGAUUGUUCUCCCAGGCUCCUCUGUUAGUUCUGUAGAUGUUUUAGAUCAAUAUAGCUAUCCCACGAUGGAUAAACCUGUAGAUACCACUAAUAAACACAUUCUCUUACCUUCACAAUCUGCUGGUGCGACAGCUGGAGAGUUAGCUUCUUCUCAGGUAUAUGUUGAUCCAGAUCAUACGUUUCACAGUAAUACUGAGGAUCCUGUGGUUGAAUCAGGCACAAAGCCUGACUUGUUAUCUUCUUGGGUUGAAGCCAUUGUGUCAGAAACUAAAAGAGAACAUCAACCAUGCAAAUCCACUCUACUUUCUGUUAGUUCUUCAGACAAGUUAUUAGGACCAAAGGAGGAUAACAGGAAGGCAGUGUCAGAUUCAGUAGUAAACUCCACAGUAAAAUCUCCUCCCAGGAUGAAUAUUACAAGCUCCACAGUUACCAAGGUACCUACUAAGCAGGUGGCUUUGCCCAGUUCAUCCCGAGAGGCCCCUCGCUUAACCCAGAAUGCAAGGCACAGAACAUGGCAUCGUGACAACGUGUCACCUUCUACUUCAUCUUUGCAUGCUUCACAGCCUUCAGGAUUGACCCAUAAACUACCACUGAAGAAGAAUGCUAAAGCUCAAAACUCUUAUAUCCGCAAGGGUAAUGCCCUCAUUAGAAAUCCAGCCACCGGAAAUCAUCCUCAUUCUUCUAGUCUGGAUGCUCAAAAUAAGUUGAGUAAGCCUGUUAUGAGGAGAAGCUUGAACUUUGUCAGGAAAGUUGAUUCAAAUGAUGCUGUAGCACAUUCUAAUAUUGCAGUUGAGAGACCGAAGACUCCCCCUUUGCCACUUUACACCAAAUCCAUCAAUUGCACUACAAACCUUUCAGAGCCAUUGUCUCAGACAUUGCAGACGCAGAAGGUUCUUGAAACCGAAAAGGAAGAUUCUAAUGGGCAGGUUAAUUUAGGAGUUGAUAACCCAGGUGUUAUUGGCAUGCAGAAAUCUGAAUCCCUGGAUGCUUGUAAAGUGGUUUAUGUCAGACAAAAGUCAAAUCAACUAGUUGCUGCACAGGGGCAACAACCUGGUGACCCGAUUAACAGUUCGAUGGAUAAGGUUCAUUCGCUGCAGCCAUCCACAACAUCUGAUCUCUGUUUUAAGAAAAGGAAAAAUCAGAUUAUUUUGGGUUCCUCCUCGUCUGAUGUUCCAAGUGCGAAAGAUAUGACUCAGGCUGAGAACUUAAACUCAGGUGAGAAUAAAGUUCUAACGUUUGCUAGCAUCACUGCGGCCAAGGACAGACCACGUAAAGCUCUUCAGACAUUAAGUACUGUGGGAAGUUUCUCUCACGUGUGGACACUUAGUGGACAACAUCCACAGAAAAAACCUUUUGUGGGAACUAGUCAUAUGAAGGUCUUCCCGCGUAUGCUUCCAUGGAAAAGAAAAGUGCUGUGCCAGAACAUUAGAAGCAGUUACUCCCCAUCGGUGAACACAAGCUGCUUAGGGAUAGUCAGAAAACUAUUGCAAACAAGGAAGAGAGGUAUGGUUUAUACUGUCUCUACUAAUGGAUUCUCUCUACGAAAAUCUGGGGUGUUAAGCAUAGGUGGAUCAAGUUUGAAAUGGUCAAGGUCUCUUGAGAAAGGUUCUCAAAAGGUUAAUGAGGAAGCUACGCGGGCAAUUGCUGAAGUUGAAAGAAAGAGAAGAGAGAAGAGAAAGCGACAGUCUCUCCGUAACAAAGGAAGAAAUAAUCACCCUGGACCUGUUGCUGCCAAUCACUUAAGAAAUAACGACCAAGCAUCUUCAGAUUCAAGGGUUUGCAAUGAAUAUGUUCGCGUUAACAAGGGUAACCAACUGGUCAGGAAUCCAAAGAAAGUAAUCCGCAUGCUAGCAAGUGAGAAAGUUCGAUGGAGUUUGCAUACGGUUAGAUCACGCUUGGCGAAGAAACAGCAAUACUGCCAAUUCUUCACUCGCUUUGGCGAGUGUAAAAAAUCUGGGGGCAAGUGUCCUUAUAUUCAUGACCGAGCUAAAGUGGCUAUCUGUACUAAAUUUCUUAAAGGCUUGUGUUCUAAUACUAGUUGCAAACUGACUCACAAGGUCCUUCCAGAAAGAAUGCCAGAUUGUUCUUACUUUCUGCGAGGGCUCUGCACCAACAUAGCCUGUCCCUAUAGGCAUGUGAAAGUAAACUCGAAUGCACCUGUUUGUGAAGGUUUUUUGAAGGGAUAUUGUGCUGAUGGCGAUGAGUGUCAUAAAAAGCACAGUUAUGUAUGCCCUGUCUUUGAGGCGACAGGAGAGUGCCCACAACAAUCAAGAUGCAAGCUUCAUCACCCCAAGAAGAAAAUCAAAUCCAAGAGAAGCAGAGUAGACACCCUCCAAAACAACGGUUGGGGACGGUAUUUUGACACAAGCAUUGGCCAUGACAGUGAGGCAAGGACAGGUUCUUUAGAGGAAGAAGAGCGGCAGAAACAGGAACAUGUCUCUGGUGGGCACUUAGCUGACUUCAUUGACCUUGGUGCUGAUAUCGAUAGUGUUGCAGACAUGGAUGCUUCGGAUGACAUACAGCUGAUGGAAUUGGACUCAGGGAAUCUCAAGAUUCAGGCUGAUAAUCUUGAUGCGCUAAUCAAGCCACUUCGGAUCAUGAGAACAGCAAGAGUUUGACGAGUUAUUUGUUUGGCCUAGGUACAGUCAGUGUUAAUACAGCUUGGUGCACCUCCUGGUUCUGGGCGAUCUGUUACACUUAUAUGAAGAGUCUGAGGCACUGACUGGAGUUUCUCGUUCUUCAAGACUUAGGAAGGGGCGUGCAUUGUUUGUUUCGUACAUCUUUUCAGCCUUGGUUCGGCGCUUUGUUUUGGUUCGUCCUGUACAGAUAUCACAUAGGGAAUAUAUGGGUUUCACAUGCCUCAGGCAGACAUAGUGACUUGCUGUAUCAAUUGUGUAUUUUUUUUCAACAUAUGCAGAGUUGAAUGUAACAAACGAUCAUCUAUAGUUGCAAAAGAAAUGAAAAGCUUAUUUUUA